AGCGCAGCAACAAAGGCAAGGCAGCGCGUGCGUGCGGGUGUGUCAGCAGCAGCCAGCCAGCCGAGCCGCCUGACGUUUUGUCACGAGAGGAGGGAGAGGAGAGGAGGAGAAGAGGAUGGAAAUGGAGGCGGCGGUUGGGGGGAGCGGGAGGAGGGACGCGGAGGCGGAGCUGAACCUGCCGCCGGGGUUCCGGUUCCACCCGACGGACGAGGAGCUGGUGGUGCACUACCUCUGCCGCAAGGUGGCGCGGCAGCCGCUGCCCGUGCCCAUCAUCGCCGAGGUCGACCUCUACAAGCUCGACCCCUGGGACCUUCCUGAGAAGGCGCUGUUCGGGAGGAAGGAGUGGUACUUCUUCACGCCGCGGGACCGCAAGUACCCGAACGGGUCGCGGCCGAACCGCGCCGCCGGGAGGGGUUACUGGAAGGCGACGGGCGCCGACAAGCCGGUGGCGCCCAAGGGGAGCGCCAGGACGGUGGGCAUCAAGAAGGCGCUCGUGUUUUACUCCGGCAAGGCGCCGAGGGGCGUCAAGACGGACUGGAUCAUGCACGAGUACCGCCUCGCCGAGGCCGACCGCGCCCCGGGAAAGAAGGGGUCCCAGAAGCUGGACGAGUGGGUGCUGUGCCGCCUGUACAACAAGAAGAACAACUGGGACAAGGUGAAGCUGGAGCAGCAGGACAUGGCCGCCGCCGUCGCGGCGCCGCGCCACCACCACCACCACCCGAACGGCGAGGUCAUGGACGCGGUGGCCGACACCAUGUCCGACAGCUUCCAGACGCACGACUCAGACAUCGACAACGGCCCCGGCCUGCAGCACGGCGGCUUCGGGGACGUGGCGCAGGGGCAGCCGCCGAGGAACGGCGUCGUGACGAUUAAGGAGGACAACGACUGGUUCACGGGCCUCAACUUCGACGAGCUGCAGCCGCCUUACAUGAUGAACCUGCAGAUGCAGAUGGUCAAUCCGGCGUUGGCUGGGCACGACGGCGCCGGCUACAUGCAGUCCAUCAGCUCGCCACAGAUGAAGAUGUGGCAGACGAUCCUGCCACCAUUCUAAGAUGGAUGGAACAAGAAAAGGUUGCUGUAGAUAAGGAGGAAGGAUAGGAGUGGACGAGUGGUGACUGGUGAGUAGAACAAUACUAGAUUACUAGAACAAAAAAAGAUUAGAAAUCUUGCAAGCAAUUAUUCUGCAAAUGUGGUGCUUGGCUUGCACUAUGUAAUUCAUUUGUUCAGUGUAUCCAUUUGGUAAUCUGAAAAAAAAACAUCUCCUUUCAUUCUCAUAACCUUAAAGCCCAAACUGUAAUUUAUCAUUCA